UGAGCCGUCAGAGUAGAAACUUUUGGGUGUUAUUGGAUGAGCGAAAAUUCGCAGACUUUUCCAUGAACGUUCUCGGAAACCUCUCAGAAGAUUCUCUCUCUCUUCUCUCUGGUUUCAAUUUUCCCGCUUUCCGUCCUUUUUAUUUCCACUGGAAUCUACGCACGGGAAAAGUAUCAUUGGAUACCUCUACUUGAAGUGAAUUAGAUCAGAUCUGAAGAGCAGUGAGUGUUUGGGAGCUGAGAAAAUGCAGACUAGGUUUAUGGAAAGAUCCAACAGCAUGGCCAGGGAGAAGCGAGGAUUGGAUCCGAGUGCGAGUGAAGAAGGUCAGCCUGACAAGAAACGACCUGCUCUCGCCAGUGUUAUUGUUGAAGCUCUCAAGGUGGAUAGCCUGCAGAAACUUUGCUCAUCACUGGAGCCUAUUCUUCGGAGAGUUGUUAGUGAAGAAGUGGAGCGAGCUUUGGCAAAGUUAGGCCCUGCCAAACUUAAUGGAAGGGCUUCUCCAAAACGAAUAGAAGGGCCAGAUGGGAGAAAUUUACAGCUGCAAUUCAGGACUAGGUUGUCCCUCCCUCUUUUCACAGGAGGGAAAGUAGAAGGCGAGCAGGGUGCAUCGAUCCAUAUUGUCUUGCUUGAUGCAAACGCUGGCCAUGUUGUAACAACAGGUCCGGAGUCCUCAGUGAAACUAGAUGUUGUUGUUCUUGAAGGUGAUUUCAACAAUGAGGAUGAUGAUGUCUGGACUCAAGAAGAAUUUGAAUCUCAUGUGGUGAAGGAGCGUGAAGGAAAGAGGCCACUUCUGACAGGGGAUUUGCAAGUGACAUUGAAGGAAGGUGUUGGAACGCUUGGCGAGCUGACAUUUACUGACAACUCUAGCUGGAUAAGAAGCAGAAAGUUCAGACUUGGUCUGAAGGUUGCCUCGGGCUUUUGUGAGGGCAUUCGUAUUCGUGAGGCAAAAACAGAUGCCUUCACUGUCAAGGAUCACAGAGGAGAAUUAUACAAGAAGCACUAUCCACCUGCAUUAGGUGAUGAGGUUUGGAGAUUGGAGAAGAUUGGCAAAGAUGGAUCAUUUCACAAGCGGCUUAAUAAAGCUGGAAUACAUUCAGUUGAAGACUUCCUACGACUUGUAGUGAGAGACAUGCAGAGACUGCGGAAUAUACUGGGAAGUGGCAUGUCGAAUAAGAUGUGGGAUGUUCUUGUUGAGCACGCAAAGACUUGUGUUUUAAGUGGGAAACUGUAUGUUUACUAUCCUGAUGAUGUGAAGAACGUUGGUGUUGUUUUCAACAACAUCUAUGAAUUUAGUGGGUUAAUUUCUGGUGAACAAUAUUAUUCAGCUGAUUCUCUAUCUGACAGUCAGAAGGUCUGUGUGGAUGCCUUGGUAAAAAAAGCAUAUGACAACUGGAUGCAUGUUAUUGAAUAUGAUGGCAAAUCUCUCUCAGUCUUCAAGCAGAAUAGGAGCUCAGGUGUUUCUCAUAUAAAUGCUACGGGGGACCCACAGGAUUAUUCCAACUCCUUUGAUCAUCAGCUCACUCUACCAAACCUGCCACCUUCAAUUCCUUCAGAGCAGCCUUCUAUUAAUCCAGGCCUGACUAUUGGAGGUUAUGAUGAUAGUGUGGGCAAUAGAUAUCCAAUACAGCCACAGAGCAUGAAUCUCAAUGCUCCUAUUCAGUUUGACGGCACUUCAUUUCCUCUAAAUAACCAGUUGAUUAGUCCACAAGCCCAGCCUUCUAGAAGUGAGAACAUGUUGGCCCUUGGUCCAGCACAGCCAUCCUCAUCAAGCUUCCAGCCUAGUGUCGCACCAAACAUGCAGCAUCAAUCUUCUUACAAGGGAUUUGAAGACUUCUUCUCAGAGGAAGAGAUUCGCAUGAGAAGUCAUGAGAUGCUUGAAAAUGAAGACAUGCAGCAUCUACUUCGUCUCUUCAACAUGGGUGGUCAUGGUCAUGCUUCUGCUAAUGUAUCUGAAGAUGUUUACCCUUAUUCGUCAGCAUACAUGACCAAUCCAGCAUCAAACUACAGUUUUGAUGAUGACCGAAUGCGCUCAUCAGGUAAAGCUGUUGUUGGGUGGCUCAAGCUCAAGGCGGCCCUGAGAUGGGGCAUCUUCAUCAGGAAAAAAGCUGCCGAGAGACGAGCCCAACUUGUUGAAUUGGAUGAUUCAUAAAUAUGCCCCAUGUUCAUGAUAAUGCUGCAGUAUGGAUUUGGAGUUGAGGCUUCCUCCCCUGCUUGUCUAAUUCAUAUCCUACUGAAGUUCCAAUGUGAAGAAUGUUGAAGGUUUUUGAGUGAUUGGGUAAUGUCUUGGGCGCUAACUGUUGUUCCUUGGAAUCAACCCGACAUCUGGAGGCCUCUACUUGUACAGUUUUAUCCUGUACAGUAAGUUUCCUCUGUCAACAAUGUAGUCGUAGCCAUAUAGAUGUUCUUACUAUUAUGGUGGAAGUUUCUGAGUAUACUAGCUGCAACUGAAUGACCACAGACAUGGGUUAUUCAAAUUAUUUGAAAGCCAAGAAAUGUAGAUUGGAUCCCCUUCUGCUCCUUCAUAAUGGACUCGAUCGUCAUAGAAGCAGGGGUAGGUUUCUCUUUCAUGGUGGCUAAUUUGUUUUGCAUUAUUAUGUUUUUGUGUUAGUUGAGGUCCAACACUAUCAUGUAUUUUACUUUUUCGCUUGUAACAUGAAGAAUAAUUAUUAAUGCCAGUGGUUGCAGUUCAUUUGAUCAA